AUGCACGAUCCGAUACAGUUCUUCAUUAAUUCUGCGGCAUUAAAUGAAAUUUUAUUUCUUUUUUCUUUUCCUUUUCCAUCCUACAGUAGCUCUUUUGGCAGAAGACACGAAGACUUGAGUUCCUCUACCACCUCCUCUUCCUCCUCGACAACCACCACUACCACCUCCUCGUCUGUUACCUCGCCCACAGGCCAUCGCGGCCUGCUCUCCAACUUGGGCUCCUCUUCCACUCGAACUGGCUCCACCAGUCUCACCAGCAGGUACUGGUCAGAGGAGAGUGCAGAGAGGGAAAAGGAGAAGGAGAGAGAGUCUGCUGCAGUCAUUCCCACUAUAAACACUGGCUCUACCACAACCACCACAUCUACCACUACCACCACAGCCAUAUCUACCACUACCACUGGCACUGGUUCAGAGCGACGCAGGUCGUACCUGACGCCGGUGCGAGAUGAGGAGUCGGAGUCUCAGAGGAAAGCUAAAUCCAGACAGGCUCGCCAGUCGAGGAGGUCUACACAGGGUGUGACACUGACUGACCUGCAAGAGGCUGAGAAGACAAUUGGUAGGGGUCGUACCCCAAAGACCCGUGAGGAGGAAAAGGAGGAAAAAGAGAAGCAGGACAAGGAGAAGCAAGAGGAGAAGAAGGAGACCGAGACAAAGGAGGACGAUUACCGAUCAAAAUACCGGAGUUUUGAAGAACGCUAUCGGCCUUCAUCUUCCUUUUCCACCUCGGCCAUUUCCACAGUCAGCACUGCCUCUACAGCUCCCUACUCCAGCAGCACAUUAUCCUCCAGUUCCAGCUCGCUCAACAGGCCCAACAGUCUAACGGGGAUCACCUCCUCUUACAUCCGCUCCUCUCGAGAUACAGAAAAGGAAGCGGACAAGAAAGAGGAGGAAAAGGAGGGCGAGGACAAGUCUCAGCCCCGCUCCAUACGGGAUCGCAGGCGGCCCCGCGAGAAAAGACGCUCCACCGGGGUGUCCUUCUGGCCUCAAGAUGGUGAUGAAAAUGACCCUGAGCAGCAGUCUGACACGGAGGAGGGCAGCACCAAGGGGGAGCCACAAAGCGACAGAUUGUCCAGGAAUGAGAGCACUUCAUCUUUAGAUCGCAACGACGCUCUUUUUAGCCGUUACGAGAGCCGAAGGCCUUACUCAAGCCGACUGGACAGAGACGACUCCACUGACUACAAGAAGCUCUAUGAGCAGAUCUUAGCUGAGAAUGAGAAAUUGAAGGCCCAGUUACGUGACACGGACCUGGAACUGGCAGACUUGAAACUACAACUAGAGAAGGCCACCCAGAGGCAGGAACGUUACGCUGAUCGAUCACAGCUUGAGAUGGAGAAAAGGGAAAAAAGAGCUCUAGAAAGGAAAAUUUCUGAGAUGGAGGAGGAACUAAAGAACCUCCCCCAGAUGCUCCCGGACUUGAAAGCCGACAACCAGAGACUAAAGGACGAGAAUGGAGCGCUCAUUCGAGUCAUUAGCAAGCUUUCCAAGUAGACCCCCCACCCUCACCCCCAUAUUCUGCACCCGCUAGUCCCCCCAUGGCAGCGACUAAUGGAAUUGCACAUUUAGAUAUUAAUUGCAACAGACAUCAGAGACGAGACUCCUCCUUCUUUAGUUCCUCCCAACUCUGUAUCUGUUUUUGUUUUUGUUUUGUUUGCUCCUCCACCUCCGCAGCUUCCAUCCGUCUAGUUCCACCCCUUUGACCGUGACCUUCUCAGCUGCUGUCCCGAUAGAACCACUGAGUUUACAGAGCAACAACACAAGGAGGAAGGGUUGUUUGAUCAAGCAUGUGAGAGCAUUGUGAGCGGGGAAGCCUGAAAACUAUUUAACCAAUAAGCCUUAGUUGUAUAUAAAGAGAAAAGAAAAAAAAAACACACACACUUGCAUUGAUCUCUUCUCUCUCUCUGCUAUCACUGAAGACCAGAUAUUAUCCUGCACCUGAUUUUAUUUGUGCCACAUCAUUCGCUCCUAUUUGAUGUCAUUGUUCGUGUGCAGUUUUCUCCUCCCACUCCGUUUGUUUUAAAGCGCCACUUCUGCCUGAUAUCUGCUCCCCGUGGCUGCCGUCUCCUUUAAUUUAUCCUUUUGGUUCACACACACUUACAGAUCACUACCACGUGUUUCUUUCUUUCUUUUUUUUUUUUUUAGUUGUAUCUGUUUAUCUUCCUCCAAGAGGGAAACAUUUGGGUUCUCGCUUUAGCGGAACGAGGUGGACCAGGUGGAGUUUAGGCUUUCAUUGUAUGUGCAAUAUGCAUUUGUUUGUUUUUUUCUUUUUAAAAUGCUUUAAUGAGUUCAUCACAAGUAGGGUUUUUCACUCCUGACGCGUCCCUUCGCUCUUUCUUCCCCUCCCGUUUUUUUUUAAGUUUAUAUCCAGUUUAUAUUCUGUAUUUCUCACGUUGUUUUAGCAGGUACUGAGUGAUUCUGUAUAUACCUGUAUGUAUUUAGUUUGAGACCAGCACAUGGCAUGUGUUUAUGGAUCCCGUCUGUUACUAUUGAGUCAAAACAAAUCCAGAGGACAAAAAGUUUUAAUUCUUUUCUUUUUAUAGUCGAACAUUGAAAGCAGUGCAGUAAAACCUUUCUCCAACACAGGACCGGCAGUGUUCAGUGCUUUA